UAGCCUAGCGUUGUGCUUGGCGUCUCCUGUCAAACAGAUGCGAGCAGAACAAAAGAAAUCAACUUAGCAGUUCGUACUUCGCAUAGUACCACAACACAAUUUGGCACCAAAAUAAUUCCUGAGUUUAAUUUCCAGCUGUGUUAAACCCCCCUGCAAUUUUGGAACAGGUGAGAAGAAAUAGCUUAACAGUGGACGUCCAUCAACAGGCCCCGGGUGCCAAGCGUGCCCUGCUACCAAGAUAGUGGGUAGUAAAGAUGCCCAGUGCGACAGGCAAUAGCACAGUAAAUAAUGUACAUCAUAAUAAUAUGUCUAUGAACAACGAAGAAUGUGGUAUUUGCGAUGUGUGGGCACACAAUUUGGAUAAAGAGUUCCGUACCAUCAGGCAAAUUGUGCAAAAGUAUAACUAUGUGGCAAUGGACACUGAAUUCCCUGGGGUUGUAGCAAGACCCAUUGGUGAAUUCAGAAGUACCGCUGAUUACCAAUACCAACUUCUUCGGUGUAAUGUUGAUCUCUUGCGGAUCAUUCAACUUGGGCUCACAUUCUUGGAUGAGCAAGGCAAAACACCCAGAGGGCCUUACACCACAUGGCAGUUUAACUUCAAAUUCAAUCUAUCAGAGGACAUGUACGCCCAAGACAGUAUUGAAUUACUAACCAACUCAGGAAUUCAAUUUAAGAAGCAUGAGGAAGACGGAAUAGAACCAUUGUACUUUGCUGAGCUGUUGAUGACAUCGGGUAUUGUACUUAUGGACAAUAUAAAAUGGCUUUCAUUUCACAGUGGUUAUGACUUCUGUUACCUUCUAAAAUUACUCACUGACCAAAACUUACCUGAAUCAGAAAGUGAAUUCUUUGAACUUUUGAGAAUUUACUUCCCUGUUAUAUAUGAUGUCAAGUACCUUAUGAAGAGCUGUAAAAACCUGAAAGGAGGACUGCAAGAAGUGGCAGAUCAGCUGGAAUUGAUGAGGGUGGGUCCCCAGCAUCAGGCUGGAAGUGAUUCCUUACUAACGGGGAUGGCCUUUUUCAAAAUGAGAGAGAUGUUUUUUGAGGACAACAUUGAUGAUGCCAAAUACUGUGGACAUUUAUAUGGUCUUGGCACUACAUUUGUGAUAAAUGGCAACAGUUUCAUCGAUAAUGGUGACAACCACAAUGGGUCUCAGUAAUGUAAGCUCUGUUACUAUCUUGAGGAACUUUAUUCCAUGACUAAAAUUUAGUCAAGUGCAUGAUUUCAUUCCUCAACAAAUCAAUCAUUGUUGUGUGCAUUAAAAUUCAAAUUUCAUGCACCUUUAUUGCAGAUCCUGUCAGAUUUUAUGAGAAACCUGACUUUUGAUCUAGGGGGAAAACAAUAUUAGAAAUUAACUUAUGAGGUCUCUUUUAGACAUUUUAGCCUUGUUUUUCUAUGUGAUAAAGUCAUCCAAUGAAUUGUCAUAUGACCUGAGUUUCAGAGGUGUCAUCAUUUUACAAUGAAGUGUUUUUGUGGGUUGUCUCUCGGGGCAUGGUGCAAAUUGCAUCUUUCUUUGUCAUCUGUACAGAUUUUUAUGAUUCUCACCACUAUAGUGUAUAUAAACCAAUUUUAUAUUUGUGCCUAAAGCAUAAAUGCUCUCAUUCCAUGAACUGUUAGUGAGGGAACACUCUUAACAUCUUCUUAUCAAAUCUUCAUUUUAAUUUUCAUGAGAGGUAACUUCCGUAUCAUUGUACAUUGUCAUUUCAUCAUAUGUUCUAAUUUGCCAUCUAUUUUCUGAAUUUGUUAAGAGAUUGUAAUGCACUAUGACUGCUUUUCUUAAGUGUACCGAUCGUUGGUGCUGUGAAGGGUCAAUCCUCUAGAUGUUAAUCGUUUAGAAACUUUUUUUUUCCAUUUUUUUUUCAAAUUGCUAUUUUUGUGUUGUAGAGAAGUACAUGUGCAGAAUUUAGAAUCUGUUUGCAUGUCAUUUUUAUCAUUAAAACAAACUCAUUAUGUGUCA